AUGGUUCGCAUAAUCAUCGUGUCGGAUACACACGGCUUGCACGAAACCUUGAACAUGCCCGCUGGAGAUGUGCUCAUCCAUUGCGGUGACCUGGCAGAUCGAGGGCAUGUGGAGCACGUUCGCAGCUGCAUUCGCUGGUUCAACUCGCUGCCCUAUAAUGAGAUCUUUGUGGUUGACGGCAAUCAUGACUGCAGUAUUCCCAGCAAGAUGGCGCCAGGACAAGCAGUGUUGGACAUACAGGCCGAAUUCGAGAGACUCGCCGAUCACAGCAAAGUCAAACUGCUACAAGAUGAUGCCGUUCUGUGUCACGAGGGGCAGCUUUGCAUAUUCGGAGCUUCCUGGGGUAGCUGUGAGGCCGGCGACUUUGCGAGGGUAUACCAGACACAGUGCCCCAUUGAUGUCAUGGUGGCCCAUCACCAUCCCCAGCUGCCCAGCAAAGAUUUUCCGUCAGAUUUGGAGCUCGGUGCAUGGCAAGGCUCGGCACAGCUCACCAAGGUUGUUCUGAAGGCUCGCAUUCCUCUUUGCUGCUCCGGGCACAUUCACUGGGGCCGUGGCUGCGUGCCUCUGCGAAGACGGGGUGGCCUCUACAGCCAUUUCGUAAACGCAGCGAAUGAGAAGCCAGUCAAGAAACACAAAGGUGCAAGCGACAAGCAUGCCCUGACGCCACCAGUAGUCCUUGAUUACAAUAUUGCAACAAGGCAGGUCGAAAGGGUCCAAUGUCCAUCGCAUCGAGAUACUGGGAUGCCCCAGUAUGCCGGUGUUUUUGACAAGAGCCAGGUGCUGGCCACUGAGGCCGAUCGUCGGGCGGCUGCCAUGCAGGCAGUCUACGACGAUGCGCCGAGCAAGUCUCGCGUAACGGUGCAUCUGCUACUGGAUCCGCAAGAGGAGCUUGGGGGGUGCUUGUCAGCCUUGGCUGCGACCUUCAACGAGGAGGUGAUUCAGGAGGUCGGCGAGAUCUUGGGAGAGGAGUGCGUGGCUCGCGGCGCGAAUGUCCUCCUCGGGCCGACUUUGAACAUUCAUCGGACCCCCAUCACGGGCCGACAUUUCGAGUGCUUCUCAGAGGACCCCCACCUCACGGCGCGCGCAGCCGUGGCCUAUGUGCGUGGGGUGCAGAAAUACUCCGCUGCCUGUGUGAAGCACUUGGUCGGCAACGAUCAGGAAGCAGAUCGCGGGCACUCCAACUCUGUCAUACCGGAGCGGGUGCUACACGAGGUCUAUCUCCAACCAUUCGAGGCUGCCAUCCGCGAAGCGGAUGCUCAAGCCGUGAUGCCUGGCUACAAUCGUCUCAACGGCACCUACUGCGCCGAGAACGCGAAGCUUCUGCAGGCCACGUUGCGAGACACCUGGGGCUUCAAAGGCCUCAUCGUCUCUGACUGGUGGGCCAACAGAACGACUCUGAAGGCGCUCGAAGCGGGCUUGAACGUGGAGAUGCCCGGGAUCGAGCCGCGCUACUUCGGAGGCUAUCUUCUGGACAAGGCCCGAAAUGGUGAAGUCUCCGAGAAGCUUUUAGACGAGCGCUGCCGGCCGCUCUUGCGCACCUUGCGGCGCUACCCACGCCCAGGUCGAGACUCGGGUGCCUCCUUGGCGCCAGCCGUUGGCCGAAGGAAGGCCGCCUUCGCCAAAGCGGCGAGGGAGUCUUUGGUGCUUCUGAAGAAUACCGGCGCGCUGCCGCUGCAACCGGCAAAGCUCCGGCGAUUGGCGCUUAUCGGUCCUGCUGCAGCGAAGACCACCAUCCAGGGUGGUGGAAGCAGCCGCGUUCAUUGUGGACGAAGCCAAAGCAUCCUCGAUGCUUUCCGGGAAGCUCUGACAGGAACCGGGGUGGAGCUGGUGCAUGAGAGCGGAUGCUUCCUCGGCGAGCGCCCCACAAAGAAUCCUGAGCUCGAAGGCCUCAAAAGGAUGGGUGGCGCAGAUGCCCAAGGCCAGCCGGUUGCUCACCACUACGAGGCCAAGUUCUUGGAUUUCAUCCUGCGGAUCGCAGCGAGCUGUUCGCAGAAGGAGGUUUUUCGACGAUGUGCCAUGCCCUGCCUUCGUCCUCUAGGACUCCGGCACACCAAUCCGGACGAGUUCAACCUUGUCGGCAUGGAGUUUAGCAAUCCUACCGGAGACGGGCCGCCGCAAAAGCGCGUAGUAUCGUGGCUGAAGGGCUUCGGUCUCGGUGCAGCGGCUGGGACUGUUGGUGCUCUUUGCGGCUUGGCUGCCGGAGCUUCGGCGACAGCGUUGGCCGCAGCAGUGGCCACUGGAAGUGCCCUGGGCCUCGUAGGCGCAGAGGUGACUGUGCAGCGGGCGAAGCAGGCCUUGGCGCACGAGGAGCACUGCCUAGAACGUGCGGCAGCGCUCAGUGCGGACUGCGAUGCAACCGUGCUGGUGCUGGGCACGGACGGUUUCUGGGAGUGCGAGGGCGUGGACCAACCGCACAUGCGCUUCCCUGGGCGUCAGGAUGAGCUCCUCCUCCGAUGUGCAUCUGCCGCCCAAGCCUCUGGGAAGCCUCUGAUCUUGGUGCUCAACGUGGGCUCCCCCAAGGAGCUUCCCAACCUUUCCGACGUCCGAUCGGUGCUUCUGUCGUACUAUGGCGGUGAGCAAACGGCUCCGGCUGUGGUUGCCGCACUGCUGGGGGUGCCAGACCUCCAAUUUGGUUGA